AUGGCACCGGAUCGCCAAUCCUUGACAACAACAGCGGAUGACAGCCCCCGUGAGUCGAGAAAGCGGAAACGAAAUGGCGAGAGGGCGAGGGUCACUCGGGCUUGCGACCGGUGUAAAAAGAGGAAAAUCAAGUGCAAUGGGAGGCAGCCUUGUGACUUCUGCUUGCGAGCGAAUGCCAGCUGUACAUUUGACUCUGCCUAUGCAAGAGGUCGAGCCCCAUCUAUUCCUUCAGCAUUUGAUGGCGCUGGGGGCAACACCACAGAGAUGAAUGGCAAUCCAAUCGUCGAUGUGAGAAGUCCGUCUGUCUCUGGGCAGAACUACUCUCCCGUACCGACCACAGAGCCAGGCCGACCUACCAGAGGGGUACAACAUCAGAACCUUAUGUCGAGUACUCCAGCACCUGCAUACAUGACAGCUUCAUCUCAAAACUCCCCAGAGCCUUCUCAGACUGAUUUGCAGGGGCAUUAUAUCGGACCUGCAUCCGGUGUCUCUUUUCUGCUCAGAAUCCAGAAGCGCUUGCAUCAGGCCAUCUCAUUCACAGACCCAAACAGUAUCUUUACUUUUGGCGAUGCUCCUCUCCAUCCCCCAGAAUUCGACCCUUCAUUUUGCAUGAUGCUUCCGCGGGAGGAUGCUCAGCGUCUGGUCAACCGAUAUUUUGAUUUUGCAAUGCCCACAUACCGCUUCCUUCACAGACCUACGGUUCAGAAAUGGUUUACCGAGUUUUAUGACACUCUGGGCAUUAUGCGUAACCCGCAAAGUGCUCCAGCCAAGAUUGCAUUGUUGUUUAUUGUCUUUGCACAAGGAAGGGUGUACAUGCCGGACAAUGAUAGGCCGGGUCCGCCUGAUUUGCAUUCUCGGUAUUUUCUUGCAGCCGAACAUCAACUCACCAAAGAAAGAGGCUCAAUCCGUUUGACCAGUGUACAAGCUCGACUCACCCAAUGUUAUUACCUCCUAACUCAAUCUCGUAUCAACCAUUGUUGGAGCCUUUUCGGCACUGUCUCACAUCUAGGGCUAGCUAUUGGGCUCAACAGGAACAGGCGCCCUGACAUCACCAAUGGACUGAGCCCGGUCGAAGCAGAAUGCCGCCGUCGGACCUUUUGGUGCGCCUACACAUUGGACACGUACCUCAGCGUUGCCCUGGGAAGGCCACGGUCGUUUCAUGAUGACGAUAUUGACACGGAACUACCGGUAUGCGUGGAAGAUGACGAGAUAACAUCUUCUCGUGUGAAUAUGUCUACAUCUAGCAAGAGCCAGUCAACUAUGCUUGCUUCAAUUGCACACAUCAAACUUGCUCGUAUCAUUAGCAAGAUACUACGUGAUCUUUACUCAAUCAAACCAAUAUCGGCAAACCGGCGGGCGGUGCUGACGGAGAGAGUCUCGAAGGAUCUGAGUGACUGGCGAGUUGACUUGUCACGGUUUCUGGAUGCCGACUGUUUUACCACGUCGCUUUUGAUGCCGAUUUUCCAACGCCAACGCAACGUGCUCAACCUCACAUACUGGCAUGCUAUCAUUCUCACCCAUCGACCCUUUCUGCUGACCAACUUUACCCGGCUCUCACAGCAAAGUAAGACCACGGGUGAGGGAGAUCCGAGGAUCGAAGAGAGUGUACAGCAGUGUCUGACAGCGGCAAUGAACACCGUCAAUACCAUCGAUGAAAUGACACAAAAUGGACAGAUUUUACGCUCAUUCUGGACCACGGCGUAUUUCGCAUUCACUGCAAAUAUUGUGUUGUACAUCUACGUGAUCCAAAAACGAGCAUCUCCACCAGAUACAUAUGCCGCAUAUUUUGCCGCUGCCACCCGAUGUCAAACUCACAUCUCGAGUAUAGCUGAAAAGGGUUCACUUUCAGAACGGUAUUGUCUAGUCUUGGAGGAAUUACGGAACGAGGCCAUUCGUCAGACAGAACGCAUUCACCAUCCCAUGACAGCCGUGGACGAAAGCGACGGUCAGGCCCAGCAGAAUCGCCCCCAGUCCACAGCGAUACCACUGGACGGCCAACUUGGUGCAUCAACUGACUACACGGAUCUGACGGCAGAUCCUACCAUUGACUUUAGCGAUAUCCCGGAGUCUGCCAUUUCUGACUACUCAGGUUGGGGUCAAUUCGCUUCAAUGGUUUCUUCAGGGUUGGGAAACCUUGAUGUCUUUUUCAACGACGAUCCUUUCAAGCUUUGA